AUGGUCGCCAUUGCUACCUCCGGCGUUGACGACGGCAGUAAUGGUCGGAGGAUUACGAGGAGCAGUAUCCGUUUGGAAAACCAAAAACAAAAGUCAUCCCCACUGAAACCUAAGAGUGCGGAAGCUGUUCCGACCCCUAGCCCCAAAUCCGUCAAAAGAGUCAUCAAGGGCUGCCGCGGCGGACCUAGUUCACCCAACAGUAAAAAGCGAAAGUUAGACGAGGACACUCCCGCUCCUGCUCCCGCCGUUGUACCGCCGGCGGAAGCUGAAAUCGAAAAUGAGGAUGUUAAGGGGGGUAGUUCAUCUGCGUCUGCUAUGGUCACCGAUACACUCAGGAAGUUCAACAAAUGCUACCUCCACUUCGUUCAGGAGGAAGAGAAACGGGUCGGAAAACCGAAGAGCAGUGGGAAAGGUUCUCCUAAACGCAGUGGGAAAGCUUCUCCUAAGUCCAAGAUGCGGGAGAUGAAAUAUAUUUUAAACCCUGAGAAAAAGAUAGGCUCAAUUCCAGGUAUUGAAGUAGGGCAUCAAUUUUUUUCAAGGGUGGAGAUGUGUGUGCUAGGUUUCCAUAGCCAUUGGCUUAAUGGGAUUGACUUCAUUGGCAUGGGAAAAAGAUCGAAACUUGGCAACUACGAACUGCCAAUAGCGACAUGCAUCGUGGUAUCUGGACAAUAUGAGGAUGACUUAGACAAUCAUAAUGUUAUUGUUUACACUGGUCAAGGGGGUAACAACUUGCUUGGUGAUAAGCGUCAAAUGAAAGAUCAAGAAUUGAAACGUGGUAAUUUGGCACUCAAGAACAGUAAGGACCAGGAAGUUCCAGUUCGAGUUGUGCGUGGUCAUAAAUGUUCUAACAGCUACGUUGGAAAAGUUUACACUUAUGAUGGAUUAUACAAGGUCGAGAAAUACUGGGCCGAGAAAGGUGUUUCUGGAUUCACCGUCUAUAAGUUUCGCCUGAUCAGGCUCGAGGGACAACCUCCAUUAACUACCAAUCAGGUUCAUUUUACUCGAAAUCGUGCUCCAAACUCUCUCUCCGAAAUACGUGGAUUGGUGUGCGAUGAUAUUACCGGAGGCAUGGAGGAUAUUCCCAUUCCAGCAACUAAUUUGGUUGAUGACCCGCCUGUUGCACCUACAGGUUUCACAUACCAAAAAGAAAUGAAAUAUGCUAGAAGUGUUAAACUUCCUCAGAAUGCUUCAGGAUGUAAAUGCAAGGGAACAUGCGCUGAUCCCAGAGUUUGUGCUUGUGCUAAACUCAAUGGCUCAGAGUUCCCAUAUGUACUUCGUGAUGGUGGCAGGUUGAUCGAACCAAAGGCUGUUGUAUUUGAAUGCAAUCCUAGUUGUGGUUGUGGGCCUGGUUGUGUAAACCGAAUAUCUCAGAGAGGCCUAAAAUACCGGCUAGAGGUUUUUAAAACACCAAGUAGGGGAUGGGGCGUCAGGUCCUGGGAUUACAUACCUUCUGGUGCACCCAUUUGUGAAUACAUUGGUCGUCUAACAAAGACAGAUGAAAUAGAGGCAGCUACUGGAAACAGCUAUAUUUUUGACAUUGAUUGUUUGCAAACAAUGAAGGGCAUUGAUGGACGAGAGAGACGACUUGGGGAUGUAUCCUUGCCAUCAAAUUUGGCGAACGAUGUUGAUGUUGCGCCUGAAUUUUGCAUUGAUGCUGGUACGAGUGGCAAUGUUGCAAGGUUCAUUAAUCACAGUUGCCAGCCAAAUCUUUUCGUUCAGUGUAUAUUAAGCACUCACCACGACGUUAAACUUGCCCGAGUGGUUCUGAUUGCGGCCGACAACAUUCCCCCAUUAAAGGUCUGA